AACCACCUGCUAAUGCAGGGUUACUGUGCAGGAAAUAAGGAAAAUAUCAAAGGCUGUGUGGUUAGCCCAUUCUUUGAAAAUAUUGGGAGAUAAUUGUUUCUGUCCUCCUGAAACCUGCUGCAUGACUCUGGGCAAGCUGCAUCUCUUCCCUCUGCCUCAGUUUCUCACAGUCUGUGUGCCAUGGAAGUGUUUAGGAGCAGGAAUUAGAGUUGGAAUGGUUCCUGACAUGCUCAAUGCAGAAUGCUGCUGUGCUCCCACUCCUCAGGCUGGCUGGAACCCUGAGCUCUGGUGUCAGAAAAGGCUCUGGGAAGGUCAGCAGAGGGUAUGGCAGAUGAUUUGUCUUUUUUUUUUUUACUUUUCUGAAAAGAUGUUUCAGUAGCUGCAUGUUGGGCCCUCCAGGCAGAUGGCUUCAGUGGAACCAGCAGAGAGAUGACUGAGCAUGGGAGGUGAUGUGAUUGAUGUGGUUGUGUGAAUAUAAGAGACAGGAAACCUUAUUCCUUCUUUUCCACCUUGUCCAUAACUGUAGAAAUACCAAGGCUCUGGUUUUGCUUUACUUUAUCUGUAACUGAAGAUUUCCAAGUGCUUGAGAAUCAAAGGUUUGUCAUCUUGGGAGUGAGAGCUUUGCCUUUUGCAGUGAUCUUGACUCCCAGCUGCUUGGUAGGAACUGAUUUUAGUUGGGUUCACAAAAAAAAAAAAAAAAAAGAUGAGAGGAACCCAAACCCACAGCUCUGUCUUCAUUGCUUGGGUGUCACUCCUUUGAUACAGGUGACAUGGGUGAUCCUGGUAGCUCCUCAGUCUGUGUUCUCCAGGAUCAGAAUGAAGAAGUCCUCAAGACUUAAUGUUUGAACAAGUUUUUGCUUGUUUCUAAACCACUUACUGUUCUUGAGAGGCUGCCUGCCCAUCUGUGGGUUUUAUUUUUCCUGGUUCUUACUUAAAUUUCUUGAGUUGGAAGCCAGACCAGAAGCACUCCCAGGCUGUAGCAGUGGGUAAAGGAUGGGCUCACUUGAAGAUCCCACCAAAGUGGUGCCUUGCAUCAGGCUGGAUUUAUGAGUUGUGCACUUCAACCCAAAACUCGGAGGAUGCUGAAAUUCUCCGGAUAGUUUUAUUAUUUGAAAAACAAACUUUGCAAGAAUUAAGUUAAAGGUGAAGAGUUCAGCUCUUUUCCUCCAUCAACGGGAGGGAGGGGGGUGCUCAGGUUCAGUUUCACUGAGCCCUCUUGGAGGGAAUUCAACACUGUCCAAAAAAAAAGGGGGGAAAACCCAAAACCCAUCCAGCUUGAGCUGCUGGUGUUCCUUAUUCAUUCCCUUCAGUGCUGCCUGCAGAUGCUGUGUCCUUUGGGCAGCCCUCUCCAGCUGUAUCCAGGGCAGUGAUCACAAAGCAUGGAAUUUCAUCCCUUUUGCUCCAGGGUGAAGCCCUCAGGGCUGGUUCAGUGGGGCAAAUCCCUGCUGGGUUGGAUGGGAAUCCACCCUCCCAAGCUGGAGUUGGAUCCUCUUUGGCUUUUCUGCUUUCCUGACACCCCUCCACCCUCUCCUUGGUGAGUUGCUUCUCUCUAGGUUGCUCAAGCACUGAAGCAGAGGAAGGUUCUUGUGGAGAGCUGUGCUUUGGGAACAGGGGGGCCUUUUUUGGGUGGCUUGGGGCUGUGUUUCUCCAGUUUGAGCAAGAGUCCUGAGGGGCAGAGUGGUUUAACCACAGCUUCUGCCUCCUGGCCGGAAGGUGCGAUGGAUUUCACUGCUGGGAGGGUUUUGCAUUUCUGUGUUAAUGUUUACUGAAACCAGCAAAGAGCUGUGAAAUCCCUCCCUGGCCUGGGUGUGAAUUUCCCUUCAGUUGUAAAUCUUUAAAGGCAAAGGGAUUGUCAUGUUCCAAAUGUUGCCAGAGGUGCAGAAUAUUUCCUUUGCAGAGGAUUGAGGAGAAAAGAUUGAGUGCCAGGAGUUGGUGCUGUGGAGAUGUUAACUCCUUUGCAGGAGGAUGGAUAUCAUUACCUUCUCAUCUGCUAUAAAUUCCAGAUUCAUUCUCCUUUUAGAAGCCCCUGAGCAUUCAAAUUGCUCAUUUUCUCCACCCACCCAUAGCAGUUACAACUGGGUGUCUCACUGCAUUCUUCUUCCACUGAACAUAACUUUCUUUUAUUGGGACAAAGUGAAUUUUUUGUCUUUUCCUAGAAAAUGCAGACAGUCCAGCUUGCAGCCUGUCUUGUCUUGGAGGUGCUCUCUGCUUCCCUGCAUGGCUUCUUCUUGUGGUGGGACUUUUGUGGAGACCCCUCAGCCAGUGUUCCCUGUGCUGCUGCUGCUGCUGCUCUGCUGCUGCUGCUGCUGCUGCUGCAGAGAAGAGCGGGCCCCCGGCAGCCCCGUGUCUGGCGCACCUCAUCCCUGGACACCAUCCUGGGCUCCUACCUGCUGGGACAGUGGCCACGAGACACUGAGGGAGCUGCCACUUCAUGCAUGAAUGACAAAGCUACACAGACUCCAGUUUUCCUGGCAGGAGGUGAAGCGGGAGACGGCCCCGGCGCUCACAAACGUUCUGCUUCCUGGAGCAGCACAGAUCAUCGCAGAGAGGUAAACCUGAGUAAAUUGCCAAAACUGAAACAACAGCUCCAGAGAACAAAACUGAAUGGCAAUGGCAAAGAAAAGGAGAAAGAGCUCCCCACUCCAGGGGACCAUGCUGUCCUGGGAUCACUCAGACUCCCCUUCAGGCUUCCUCUCCCAGCUCUCAUUUUGAGGCUCAGCCUUGCUUGCACAGGAGCCUGGAGGGGCUCAACCAAGAACUGGAGGAGGUUUUGUGAAGAACAGGGAGAUGAGAGCUUCUGCGGAUUCUGGAUGUCCAGAUGCCACAGAGCCCCAGCACCUGCCCAGAGAGCUCUGAAAUGUGUCCUGACUCUGGAGGCCAGCAGCAGCUGCAGCAGCCUCUCUCUUUCUCCUUCUCCCUCUGUGCCUCUCCACCUUUCUCCACACCCCCUGUGGGCAGCAGAGAGCAGCCAGAUCCAAAGGAGAAAGAAGAGUGCAGCCUUCCCAGUCCUGGCCUUUGCUUCUUCUCUCGACCCAACCACAGCUACGUUUCAAACGGGAACUCCUGAGGGCUGUGAGAAGUCCUGGCCUUUGAAGAAGCCUCGUAAUUUGAGACUCCCCCAGCCCUGCUCAACCUUUUCAGCCUCCUGCCCAGAUAAGAACAAAUGCACUUCAACCCCACGGGUUCUGCCUAUCUGCCCUGUCAGCCUGUGGAAACCUCUCUUCCCAAACGGGGUUUCCUCUUCAGGGCUUCCAGCUUCUUCCAGCCCUCACGACACGUUUACAUCCUCCAGCCAAAGCUUCCCCUUCUUUCCUCGGGGUAGGAAAGAUGCUGCUGUGGAGAGCUUCAGUGAGAUGUCCAAGUCUUCCACUGAUUAUGAACACUGGAACGUUGGCCAAGCUGAAGAACUUGUCUUUCACAGCUCUCUGGUGGUGUGAAGCCUUUUUGGGGUGAAGCCAGUCAGCACCAGCAGCUCUGGCUCCUCUCUGCCUGCCUGAGACAAUGCCUUGAAGUGGAUGUGUGACAGCCAAGGGACAACACUGAGAACCACAGUGGGUUUCCUCCCAGGGUGAUAGAAACUGUGAAGUCCAUUGUGCCCCGGAUCCUCCCUGCUGGACAGGCAGGUUCUCCAGCCCCCUGGGGAAAGCACUUUCCUGUGUUGAUCAUGUCUUUUGUUCCUGUGUGAUUGUUGCCUGGUGAAGAGCAUCUGUGAAGAGCAGUCUGUCUCUAAGAAGCUGGAGUUGGGAGAGUUGAGUUGGAGCUUCCCCUGGUUGCUAACCCUGGAAGAGGGAGAGAGAAGGGGCCUGGAGGCAGUGGGAUGGAGCAGGGAAUGAGAAUCAGCACUCAGCUCCUCUCCCUCAGGGCACAGAGAGGGCUGGAGAGCAGCAGAGCCCUCCCGUGCCUCAGUUGCCCUUUGAAAGGAGCAUGGGGAGAGUGCAGGUGUCCAAGUGCAGCUCCCACAGGUCUGGAAAACUCGGGAAACUGAGGCUGGGGGGGUGCUGGAGUCACAAACUCUUUGUCUGCUCCCCCCGUGCCUGGGGAAAGGUCCUGCAGGUGCCUUGGGAUGAGGGAGGUGAAAAACCAGUGCACAAAAGUCCCUGCUCCAGGGGGGGGUUUGCUGCUUCCCAGCCUUGAGCCCCAACAGCCUGGCUGGGGUGGGAUGGAUGGGGGGGAGGGGGAUGGAGGUUUUUAGGGGGUCAGGACCCCCCCUACCCUGAGGGUGGAUUUGGUGCAUGGAGCUGUGAGAGCAGCACUGGCCCAGAACCCUCCAGCUCCAGGGGAAGGUGGAUUGUAAAGCCUCUUGGCAACAAAAGUGUUGGGGUUUUUGUUGUGUUUUGAAGGCUCUGGGUUGUACUGAAGAAGCCAAUUUUCUUGUAUCUGAUGUAGAAACUCUAUUUUCUUCCAAAGACACUAUUUUUGCAGCUGUUUGAAGUUUGUAUUUUCUGUAUGUAUUGCAAAGCUUAAAGGAGGAAUGUUGGCUCUGGAGUUCCUGUCUUAUGUUUAGAGGGCUGGCUGGUUCUGUUGGUUGUUUUUGUUGUUUUUUUUUUUUUUUUUUUCUGCAGAUGCUGGGAUUGCCAGUUAAAAAGGAAACAAAAAUAAA